GCACCCAAAAUGAAAAAGAGAAUGUUUCUUUCUUUGUCGAAUCGAAGAUAACAAUGAAAACAAGUUUGAUUUUGACGAACACUAUAUGAAGGACGAAGCACUGAGUUUGAAACGGAAUUACCGAAGCAUAAACGACAAAAAACACAAAGCUAUAUAAUUCAACCAUGUCAGCAUGUUUAUUUGGUUUUGCAUGAAAAUGGAAUCUUCUUUAACACCUCCUCCUAAGUUCCGCUUCAGAGACCACUCUCUCAUGGAAUCUCAAAACUCCUCGGAUUCCACCUCCGACGCCGUUUCCGCCGCCUCACCGUCCGUCACUCACACUCACGCCGACCUUCAAAUUGAAUCCAUAACUGCAAGAGGCAUUAAGCAUUUGUGUGAUGAACUUCUGGAGCUAAAGGAAGCAGCUAAUGAAGAUUUACAGAGAAACAUAUAUGCCAAGUAUUCCACUUUCCUUAGAGUACUGGAGGAAGCUAGAGAAAUGGAAAAUGAGCUUGUGCAAAUGGAAAACCAUUUUGUAUCUCAUAGAAGACGAGUAAAGGAUCUUAUAGAUCGAAUAUAUCCAAAGAUAUUGUCCAUAGAUAUAACCUUCGAAGAUCAUGUAAAUGUUGUCCCAUCUCCCCCCAGAGAAUUGGAAGCUCUUGUCAAUGAAUGUUUAGAGAAUUUGGAUAUUCGCAUGUCAGAAAACAAGAUAGAUGAAGCCCUGCACUUUCUAGAAUCUGCAGAUGAGCAUUAUCAAAGCCUUCUGUUGCAAGAUUGUUCCCAUAGUGAGAUGAUGUUGUAUGAAUCCGCAAUUUCUGAGAAAAAGUCCAUGCUUAUACAACAGUUUGCACAAAUAGCUGAGAAUAAAAGAACAGCAGGACCGGAACUUCAGAGGGCACUAGAAAAACUUUGCAGACUUGGUGAUAGUCAACUUGCUAUUGAUCUAUUGCUCAAGCAUUACCAUUUGCGUAUUGUGACUGGAACAGAUAAUUUACAGUGGGCAAAGUUAUCUUCAAGUGAGUUAUAUAUAAGGGAACUUGCAAGGUUCGUGUUCUCAAUCAUUUCACAAGCAGCAAGGAGCUUUGUGAUGUUGUGUGGAGAGACUUCUUCAUGUACCUCAGAACUCAUGCUUUGGGCUUAUGAAGAAACAAAGUCAUUUAUCAUUUGUUUUGAUAGAUACAUUAAAGGCACCUCGGCAAUGAGUGGAGGAUUGUCUUCUGUCAUAAAAGCAGUCAAGUUUGCUGUCAUUUAUUGUUCUUUAUUAGAAAAUCAGAAAUUAGUGUUGCAGCCAUACUUAGUGAAGCAUCUCUGUCCCUGCGUGGAAGAGAUUUUAAACACGCAUAUAAAGCAUUUUAAGAAAGUGAUUGCAAUCUUCUCAGUGAGCGAUCCUUGGAUUUUAGAGAAGUAUCUUGUGUCUGGAGUGUUUGUUGGGGCUGGAUCUUCAACUCUAGCUGUUGGGGAACAACAUGACUACUGCUUGCUAACUACUAGUGGCCGAAAGGUUCUGACAUUAUUGCAGGCCAUGAUAGAAGAUAUUUCUCCCUUAGUUUCCCUUCAAAUGGGGAGUUUAGUCAUUAGUGGAAUCACUAACCUCUUCACAGAGUAUAUUGCUAUACUUGAAAGAGCCCUUGCUUAUGAAACAAGUUCAACUGAACAAGGUAGUCCACGAAUGAAGUUUGCUGAGUCACUACCACAACAGGUUUCUAUUUUGGCCAAUUUAUCAACGUUAGUGCGGUUUCUCUCUAUCAUGGUAAAAAAUAUCUUUAGCUGCACUGAUCAGGCAGAAUUACAAGUCUGGGGAAACCUUUCAAUUGUUCAUCAGCACCAAGGACUUAAUGAUUUCUUAUUGUUUAUUGAAGAGGGUUCUAAUAAGUUGAGAAACGUGUUCUGCCAGCAAUUAAUUCUCAGAGUAUUGUGUACUUACCAUAGACAUGAAAUAUCUUCAGACAGUCAUUGCAAUGGCCAGUUGGAAGCUAACACCAUCCACAAUCUAACGCCCUCUGGUAUAUUUCAGGUUUUAUUUCUAGAAUUGAGGAAAAUAGAACAACUUGAGGAAGAGGGUGUAUUUGAAGUGAAUUGGUUGAUGGGAUUACUGAGAGAAUUAAUGGAGUCUAUGUUUAUUUGGGUUUCCAAAAACAAAGAGAUCCUUGCAACUGAAGAAGAGAAUGUGAGCUCACAAACUGAUGAAGCCAAACAGUUUCUUUUGGACGUGCAAUUCUUGGUGGAAAUUGGAAUGUAUGGAGGAUAUUUCUCCGACGAUCCUUUACUCCUUCUCACUCUCAUGAAAUCAACCUUCAAUUCAGCUGGACUAGAUCCUUUCAAAGAUGCAGAUGAAGAUGAUUGGGUAAUAGAUGCUGCUACUAAAACAAUUCAAAAGCUGUUGGAAAUUGAGAAAGCAAGUUUGCAACCAGAGGAGCAUCUAGUUGCCAUCACAGAGGAGUCACAUGAGCAUGAGAACCAAAUCAAACAAUCCGCAUAUGGCAGUGAUUUUUCCGAGGAAGUUGAAUCAAAUUCUUCAGAGAAUAAUUUAGAUGCAGUGGUGGAUGCAGGGAGAGAUGAGAUUGCCAAACACGAAACAGAAGUUACUGUUGAUGCAAAAACAUCUUCACCAGACAUAGUAUUUAGCCCUGAAGAGGGGAUCAUUACUGAAGGGAGUUUAUGUUGAUACUAGAGACACUUCAAAUUUGAGAACACCUUCUAUGAGCACUUUGCAAUCAGAGAAUACUGAUUUUGAAAGAGGCAAAUGAUAGAAAAAAAAAAGAGCUGAUCCUAACAUUUGGGCGAAAUAGGACUCAAAUCCAAGGAAUCCAAAUCAAAACCAGACUAAUGAUCACCAUUUAUAUAAUUUAUAGUUAUACGUUUAUUCAAUUUUAACUUUAUGUUUUUAUUUAUGGCACCUAAUGUAAAACUUAUCU